AUAAUAUAAAUACACACACACGAUGGCAUCAAAUUAGUGGACAGAGAAUGAUCCGUUAAAUUUUUAAAAAAAGCCUAAGAAUGCAAAAGAAAAAAAAAGAAUCGCAGAUAAACCACCACCUCCUCAUUAAAGCAAAAGGACAAAAAGAGAAAGGUUCUCUCUAUUGUCAUUUGAAGAAGAGGAAGAGGAAGAAGAAGAAGAAAGCUACUUCACUCCUUCCUUCCUUCCUUCCUUUAUCCGUCACCGAACCCUACAUUCUUGUUCGUUCGACAGAAACCUCCGAGCUAAUCCUUUCAUGAUCUCCAUAUAAGUUUCCUCCCUUCCCGGGCACGUACCCCGGAAUGUCGGCAUCCGACCAGAGUCGUUCUGAACUGCUUAUGGAUGUGGAGCUGGUCCGUUAAGAAUCUUUGAUGCCGUGUCUGUGCUUUCAUGGGGAAGAAGACUACUGACGAGGAGCAGAACCAGCCGGCUGAGAAUAAUGACCGGAGUAGCAGAUGCUCCGGUUGCUGCUGUUGUGGAUGGAUCUCGAGAUUCGUUAAUCUCAGAUGCGUUUUGGUUCUUGCGCUUUCUGCCGCGGUGUUUCUCUCUGCGUUGUUCUGGUUGCCUCCUUUCCUCGGAUUAACAGAUCGGCAGGAUCUGGAUCUCGACCCAAGGUUCAAAGAUCACAAGAUAGUGGCGAGUUUCUACGUUGAGAAAUCAGUUUCAUUCCUGGAGGAGAAUAUGUUACAGCUUGAGAAGGAUAUCUUCGAUGAAAUAGGCUUCCCGACCACCAAAGUCGUUGUUCUAUGUCUCGAACGUUCAGGCAACUCGAACAGAAUAAGUGUUGUGUUUGGAGUUGAUCCAGAGGAGAAGAAUUCAAAGAUAUCUCCCGAAAUCCAGAGUUUGAUAAGAGCGGCUUUCAAAACUUUGGUAAUAAAGCAGGUGUCUUUACGCUUGACCGAAUCCUUGUUCGGCCAUCCCUUCUUGUUCGAGGUGCUGAAAUUCCCGAAAGGAAUCACUGUGAUCCCUCCUCAGCCAAUAUUUCCCCUGCAGAAAGUGCAGAUCCUUUUCAACUUCACCUUAAACUUCUCGAUAUACCAAAUCCAAUCAAAUUUCUUGGAACUCACUAGUCAGCUCAAGAAGGGAAUAAAUCUGGCACCAUAUGAGAAUCUUUACAUAACUUUGUCAAACUCCAGGGGGUCGACGGUUGCUCCUCCCACAACUGUUCAGUCUUCCGUUCUGCUGACUUUCGGAAAUACCCCUUCGAGACUGAAGCAGCUCGCUCAAACUAUAUCUGGCUCGAAUUCCAAAAACCUCGGCCUCAACCAUGCUGUCUUUGGUAAGGUAAAACAAGUUAGUCUUUCUUCCAUCUUGCAACAUUCCCUCGAUGGCGGAAAAGGCAUUCCUGUAUCAUGGUCUCCAACCCCCGCUCCUCAACCUGACCACCAUAGCCACCACCAGAGCAGCUACUUAUCUCCUCAACGUACUCCUGCAUAUAAGGGCUUUGCACCUGCACCUGCACCCACCAAACGUUCUCAUAUGCCUCGGAAGAGUGGCAAUGCCAAUGCGCCUUGCCAUUUCCAGUACAUGAGGCCAAACAGAAACAUUGGCUCGACCCAUUCGACUGCAUCCCGAACAAGUUCAGCACCGCCAACAAUCUCUCCUCGCCAUUCGGCCCCUUAGAAAUCCGGCAUAUCCACCAGCAGGAUUCAAGAACUGACCUCAAAAACUCAGGGAACCCCAUGAAACACCGAAGACUCACCACCACCUUCACAACACUGUGAGUGCUCCUUCUGAUCUCAUCCGUUAACGAUCCAAAAACUCCAAUCUUUCAAUCUGAAAAAAAUGGCGGUGUCAUGACUAAAGCUGACAUGGGCCGACAGGGAAAUGGGCAAACCGUGAUCCUUGUAAUAACAGUUGUAAAAUGUGUCUGUAACUCACACAAACGCAGGAGAAGCUGCUUAACGUUCAAGCUGUAAAGACAAAGCAGCAGUUCUUAAGCACUUCUUCCUCGCGUGAAUUCCAAAGUAACUGUAUAAAUCAACAGACGAGUAUAUGUAAAUCUACAAUAUUACAUAAGGAAAAAAAAAGAUUUUUUCUUUUUU